GGACACCCUCGGGGGCCCCGGCCUGUCGCUCGCCCUGUCGCAGAGCGCCGAGGGCGCCCGCAGGCUGCUCAUCUUCGCGGCGGGGAACCAGGAGGAGCCGUGCGCGAGCGUGGAGCCGCUGCUGGCGCCCCAGGGCGGCCCCGCCAGCAUGGAGCUCCGGGGCGCCGGCGGCGCCCACGCCGGGCGCCUGACGCCGCAGGCGAACGGGACCUUCGCCGUGCACGCUGAGGGGCAGCCGCAGCUCAUCAUCGCGGGCGACGAGGACUCGUUGAACCUCGAGGUGACCUCCCGCGACGGCUGCCCCGUGGCGGUGGUGGGCUGCAGGCCGAUCAGCCCCGGCGGGCUGGAGCACGUCGAGAUAGACAUUUUCCAGGUCAGUGACACGCAGCUCGUUGUCAGCUGCAUCUUCGCCAUCCUGUUCCUCUGCGGUGAGAGCAUCGACGAGUAGCCUUCCUGAUCUCGCAGCCAGUAGUAACACACAACUCCUUUCAGUGUGUCGGUGUGGCUCGUCAUCCAUAAGAGUUGCGAGCUUUUUCUCACCGCGCGUCGAUACCGACGCGAUUGGCCUCGGUAGCGCCUGCAGUCGAAUAUUCGGCACCCGUUGUGUCGAGCGCACACGCAGUAUGGACCUUUUGACGCGCUCGCAAACACUGGAGCUUUCUUGUCCAUCCCGAACUAAGACAACCAAUGCCAUAAGCAUGUUUGCCAGCGUGGACCCUACACAGCGAGGUGUUGCACAGUGGAUGUGUAAGCUCUGUAGUGUGAUAUCUGAGGAGUGGUCUA